AUGUCUCGUCAACUGCGGUCUUUGGCUACGGCCGUGGCGCUGCUGCCGUCUGUCUGGGGCGCCGUGCUGGAUCUGCCCGUCCAUUUUGACAAUAGCUAUGCUCAAGUCGAGGCUUCCAUCGGCACGCCUGCCAAAACCUACCUGCUCCAUUUCGAUACGGGCUCCGCGACGACGUGGGUGGUAGGCAAGGGCUGUCUCAACUGUCCCAACGGCAGUGGGUAUGAACGCGUCGGCUACAGCACCGACGAUUCCUCGACCGGAGUGAACGUCGGCAUCUACGGAUAUAUCGACUACUCGGGCGGAGCCACUUCGGGGCCCGGAAUGGCCGAUAUGUUUGGUCUGCCCGCCGAGGCCACGGGGGAAGAUGGCCUUCGUUGGAACCAGACCUUCAUGGCGGCCGACCAGAGCUCGUGGAGAUUCAUCCCGGCCGACGGAUUCCUGGGGCUGGCCUUCAGCAGCAUCGCCGAGGCCGGUGCCACCACCCUGGUGGAGACCAUGAUGCAGAAAGGUCUGCUGGAUGAGCCUCGGUUUGCCGUCUACUACGGCACCGAGUUUGAUACCACCGGCUCUGACCCGGCCGGCGUGCUCACCAUCGGCGGCUCGCACGAGGACCGCUACGUCGACGGCGAACUCACCUACGUCCCCUUGCAACAGGAAGUCGAAUUCCAGGUCUGGCGCACGAAGCUCUCCUCCAUCACCGGCACCGGCAAGACCGCCGGCCAGAAGAGCCAGUCGACCACCGGCCAACUGGGGGAUUAUGGUCGCGCCGUGUUCGACACCGGUUCCGGCUACUUCCAGGUCCCUACCAACAUCAUUGACGAUCUGUACGAAUCGAUCGGCAUGAACUGGACCGCCAUCAAGGAGGGCAAACACAUCCCGCUGUGCACCGAGUUCACCUCGGACUGGUCGGUAACCUUGAACUUCGGUGAAUCUGAGACGGAUCCCAAGUUGACCAUGACCGGCGAGCAGCUGGCUCGUCCUGGGUUCGCCCAUCGUGAUGAUGCCUGCUCCCCUCCCUUCGACGACAGCGAGGUCGUGGACCUGGCCCUUAUCGGAACGCCCUUGCUCCAUCAGUUCUACACCGUCUUCGACUUUGGCGCCAACGAGGUCGCCAACUAUAGCCCCCGCAUUGGGUUUGGAAAUUUGAAAGAGAAUUUGAAGCCGCAUUUUGCCCGCUCGGGAUAG